GGGAGGGACGCGCAGGAAGCGUGUUGCUUCGCCCGCUGAUCGGCAGAAGUUGAGAGGAGUUGUCGGCUGCCUCGGCCGGCCGGACUUUGCGAGCAGCCGGCGAGGAGCCGCCGCCGCCGCCGCCGCCGCCUCCGCGGAGCCUUCGGGGCUCCCUCCCUCCUGCCUGGCCCGCAGCGCGGGUGGAGAGAGGCGGGGAGGGGGUCGCGGGCGCGACAGGAACUCGAAACUGUGUGAAGGAAUCCGAAGCCGAUGAGAAGGGAGGAAAAUAAAACAAAGUGGAGACUGCAGGAAAGACUCCACCGUGGUUGAUGCUACACCAGCUCUCUCUUUCUGCACUAUCUCUGUAUCACCAAACCCUUGCUGGCUCUUAUGGGCAUGAAACACUCCUCCCGCUGCCUGCUCCUAAGGAGGAAAAUGGCGGAGAACGCGGCCGAGAACACCGAGGUGAGCAGCCCACCCUCUCAGCCCCCGCAGCCCGUCGUCCCAGCCAAGCCUGUGCAGUGUGUCCACCAUGUGUCCACUCAGCCCAGCUGCCCGGGACGGGGCAAGAUGUCCAAGCUGCUGAACCCAGAGGAGAUGACCUCGCGGGACUAUUACUUCGACUCCUAUGCCCACUUUGGGAUCCACGAGGAGAUGCUGAAGGACGAGGUGCGGACGCUCACUUACCGGAAUUCCAUGUAUCACAACAAGCACGUGUUCAAGGACAAGGUCGUGCUGGACGUGGGGAGCGGCACUGGGAUCCUCUCCAUGUUUGCUGCCAAAGCAGGGGCCAAGAAGGUGUUCGGGAUUGAAUGCUCCAGUAUUUCUGACUACUCAGAGAAGAUCAUUAAGGCCAACCACUUGGACAACAUCAUCACCAUAUUCAAGGGGAAGGUGGAGGAGGUGGAGCUGCCCGUGGAGAAGGUGGACAUCAUCAUCAGCGAGUGGAUGGGCUACUGUCUGUUCUAUGAAUCGAUGCUCAACACCGUCAUCUUCGCCAGGGACAAGUGGCUGAAACCUGGAGGGCUUAUGUUUCCAGACCGGGCAGCAUUGUACGUGGUAGCAAUUGAGGACAGACAAUACAAGGACUUCAAAAUCCACUGGUGGGAGAAUGUCUAUGGCUUUGACAUGACCUGCAUCCGGGACGUUGCCAUGAAGGAGCCCCUGGUGGACAUCGUGGACCCAAAGCAAGUGGUGACCAAUGCCUGUUUAAUAAAGGAGGUGGACAUCUACACGGUGAAGACGGAGGAGCUGUCCUUCACAUCCGCCUUCUGCCUGCAGAUACAGCGCAAUGACUACGUCCACGCCCUGGUCACCUAUUUCAAUAUCGAAUUUACCAAGUGCCACAAAAAAAUGGGGUUUUCCACAGCCCCUGACGCCCCCUACACCCACUGGAAGCAGACUGUCUUCUACUUGGAAGACUACCUCACUGUCCGGAGGGGGGAGGAGAUCUACGGGACCAUAUCCAUGAAGCCAAAUGCCAAAAACGUGCGAGACCUCGAUUUCACAGUAGACUUGGAUUUUAAGGGACAGCUGUGCGAAACAUCUGUAUCUAAUUACUACAAAAUGCGUUAGCACACGUGGGAGGCUGCAGAGAGCGAGCGAGCACGGAAACUCACCUCCAUCUGAGGCGCCGCCACAAGGGACCCUGUUUGCAGGACUACACGCUCCAAACCGGAGUCUGACACUCUGCCCUUGAGAUUGGUGCACUCAGCCGGCCUCCUGAGGGCCCUGCCACUGGACAGAGGGCCUCCAGCUCCUCGGCUCUGCUCUGGGGGCCCUUCUCAGAGGCUCUGUCGUCCCGACAGAGAGCCACGGCCAGCGCGGCAGCCGGGCCCCGAUGGAGGAGUCCACGCGUGUCCCCAUCGUCCUCCUUAACCGUGACUCUCGGACCUUCAAGUUUUGCAUGCUGCAGGCAUCUAGGACAGAUCGCUUCACUAGACCCUGGAGACUAGCGUCUUUGAUAGUAUAAGGCAGACUCUGUGCGCGCGGCGGUGCGCGUGCGCGGACAGCAUACCUAUUAGUUCCUUUACCCGGCACGCUGGUAUGCGCUUGCAGAUACAGCCAAGCGGCAACGUCUGUGUUCAUCCAGGGCUGUGUGCGUGUGUGCGUGCGCGUGUGUGUGUAGAAUAUAUAUUACUCUCAGAGGAGAUUCUGUUGCUUUCGAAUAGGAAUCUGUUUUGUGAUUAGUUCUCCCCCUUCCCCACCCCUUCCCAGCUAUGAAAUGUCCUCUGUACUAGCUCCGGUCUCCUUUUGACUAGACUGUGGCUCCGAACCCUGGACAUAGGACCAUGCACUCCGUGGGCGCUCAAUAAAUGCACAUGAGAGCGAA